CAAAAACGGCAUCAAGAAAAGAAAAAAAAAUCGUAGCAGAAACAGAAACGCAAAUUGGUUCGGAAGACAUCCUGAAAAGCAAAAUUCACCAUCUCCAUGUCGAUGAGGCGCAAAACGCAAUAAAGGGUAAUCGUGGAGUAGACCACCUCGUCAUCUCAAACAUGAUGGGACUCGGGCAAGACGAGACGCGAAGAGGCCCUUUCUGGCUACUGCGAUUGCGCCAGGGUUUCGAUUUUACUUCAGCCGGCUUCGAUGGUGCAUCGGAUCGAGAUGGCUCGGGAUGUAAGCUCUUACCGAGCCCCGAUGAACGGUAUAAUCAAGGAGGUCCUCACCAGAGGGCGGGCUCUACUAGUUCUAAGACCGCGAACGCGAGUAAGAAAAGCACCAGCAGUUUGGGAAGGAAAGCUCUAGAAUCGCUUGGGUUGAAAAAACCAAAGGAACAAAAUGAAUUUGACGUACAAGGACAAAAUGAAUUUGACGUGCAAGAAGCGCCUUCGACGUUAUCCACACCAUUAUCUUCCUACUGUAGUAAUGGAGGGAACAGCACAACUACAAGUAGUAGCAAACAUUCUUUCUCUGCUCAACUACGUCAGCAAACAACUGCGAUUGCCAGUACUAGUGCAAGUACAACUACUCCAUCCACCACGACCAAGAGCAGCAUCGUGAUCCCCCUUAUGACGUGGUCACGGACACAUGAAGUGCGUAUUCCGGAGGUGUGGCUUGGUGGCUUGAGGAAGUCGAUUCCGUGGCUGCCAUUCUCAUCCUCAUCCUCAUCCUCAGGUAGUGCUGCUGCAAGUUUGCCUGCUCGUCAACAAUACCAAGUCACGGCCUAUUAUUCGAUUCUCCUUGAUCACGAAGCUCGAACUUGUGAUGUCCAUUUUUCGACGGAGUCUCCAGCGAAGAGCCUACUGAACGUGGAUUUAUGCCUCUCAUUUUUGCGGUUUCUGGCGCUAUGCGAAGCAAGAAGUACCUCCAAGAAAAAUGUCACCGAGAGAGGAGAAAUAGUGGAGGAGAUAGCUGGAUGUCGUGCGCAAAAUAAUGUAGAUGAUACCGUCGUCAAAGGAGAUGGAAAGCAAUUAUUUUCAUACAGCCGCGACCCUCUCGCUUUCGAUGACGACAAUGACACCAUUGCUCCCAGUUCAGCGCCCCCGACUGCAUCAGACGCUUCACCAUACGACGACGAUGAUUUGCUCGCUGUUACCACUUCAGCUUCACCGCCUGGUGCUAAAAUAGUUGUUAGCAGUCUGGAAUUCAAUCCCGCGGCGAGAAGAUCUUCAUCAUAUGGCGUCGGAAGUUUCGAUUCAUCAGAAGUAUUGAUGAAACCACAAGUCAUUAACUUUGACGAACCUCCACAUCUUCAAGGAAACCGUGAGCACAACUUGAAUUUCCAACAGCCACGACUCGCGCAGGAGAUGGACUUUCACGCUUGUCCCCACCUUUCAUCAGCCUACGACACCAGUGCAGCAACUCCAAAUAGCGUCAUUGGAGUCGCAUCAUCUUCUGGUACGUCUACAACUUCUGUUACAACGCAGCCACAACUACUUGUAUUUCCCAAAGCAGCGCAGGAGCAGCCUGGUGACGAGCGAGGGCGUCUCCGACUCGACAGAGUCCGUGAGCGAGGCGAGAAACUUGUGCAACUACCAGGAGACGGUAUUGAUGCAGAGACAAAUGGGACUUCCAAGAACCUCCCAGAGGACCUCGAUUUUCAGAGAAUGUUCGAAGCACUCCUCACGUGCUCGUCUAGCUGUAGUACUACGGGAGACGGUCUUCAGAGAACAAGUAGUAGUUUUCUCACUCCGAUACUCGAAAGCCAUUUCCAGAAAGAGGAGGAAGGAAACAAUGGUACGACUUCAACUCCCUCCGUUGGUCUCGUCCUUGCUGCCAUACUCUUUGGGUAUCCAGAACUCGCCAAAUACACUCUCGACACGUACCUUUUGCAGAAGAUCGACUCGCUGCCGGUCUUGAUGAUAGCACAGACGGCGUUUUUAGGAUGUGUACUACAAAGGGCUGAUUUACGUCUCCAGAGCUAUUGGCUUUUACAGCAUGCCUUUGCGAAUGGCGCGCCUGGAUUGGAGUGUACGCAGAAGGGAGCACCUGUUCCUGUAGCUUGCAACGCUGUCGGAGAAGGCAAGGAUGGGAAGAAUGGUAAUGAAAUUUCGGAGGAUGAUCAUAAAAAGACUAAACACGACUUGUAGCUACAAAGUACAAGCAGAUGACGUUGUCCUCUAAUUCCGCUAACUCCAUAAUCGUGCUGGAGCUGCCCAAUUCGUACUGCAACCUCCUACUGCUCACCGACUCGACUCAAUCCUUUUCAGGCGCAACGACCACUGUCUUGUAUGAUGGUGAAUCUUUGCGGUUCUCUGGCUUAAAGAUUGAAGUUUCACGCCUCUGGGCCGACUUCCAGAAAUUAGAACGACAUGACAAAGAAUUUGCGACGGCGGUCGUUCCAGGUAACUGCAUUGUACCUUUGCCUAACGUCGACGCUUUGAUCUAAAAUGUGCAGCUACAUAUCAAUUACGGCUUCUUCCGCCUAAAAUGUCCACCUCUGUGUGGCGGCGGAAGAAGUUUGACAUCGACUACAAAGUGUAUACACCUGAUAUGACAACAAGAAGUACCAAAACACGAAUCAAAAAAAUGAAAAGGAACACCCAACAGGUUACGCCUUGUGCAAGAUCCACGUUAUUAGGGAUGGCAAGGAGAUUUACCCCCAGAUCUACGAGCUCCGACGUGAUCACGACUCCGCCUUGUUGCUACAAGCUAUCAAGGAGAACGACAAUGACCCUGUCAGGAUUUACAAAUGCAAUAGCCAUCCGGAUCUUUUGGGACACAAAUUAGGAGCAGAUGUUGUACUAGGAGGUUCAUCAGAAGAUGAUGCACAAGGUGCUGAUGAACCGCCUCACAGUACCACUACCAAGUCCUUUGAAGUAGGAGGGACAGCGACCGAUGACGAUCUCGCAAAGUGGGCAAGAAAUAAUUUGCCGCAGAAGCUGAGUAAACUGGUACAGCGACAACCUCCUGAUUUGUUCUCCGGACCAGCACAUGACCCGUUCCCAUUAGAUCCAGAAACUACAUCCGAAACAGGUCUGGGUCAAGCAGAUGUUGACACAACAGCAAAUUUCGCUUCAUCAAUGAGAAAUGAGAUGGAAGGAUGGACACUGCGCGAUUUCGCCAGAAACUACGUCGGAUCCGUCGAACCUAGCUUUUGGGGUACGAAUUUUUUAAUCAAAGACCACGUCUUCUCUAGUACUUCUUCUCUAGGUACUACCACUACAACUGCUGAGAAGGGACGACCAACAACGUCGUCUGGUGGUACUACAGGUGCUACCAGCUCCUGCUGUUGUAGCACGACCACUUCUUCUAGACCUGCUGCAAGAGCAGAACUUCAAUACGAGAUGAAUCUAGCGGGACGUGUACCAAGGAAAAUCACUUGCAAAUUCCAAGAAGAAGUACUACAGGUUGAAGAGGUGGUGGACGUGGAACCAGAACUACAACUACAUCAACAUUAUCAGGCGGUCGUGAGCAAUCAGUCAGCAGCUUCUACUGAUGCACUGAGCGAUCCUCUUGGAAGUUUUAAUGCUUCAACAUCUGCACAGACUGCUCGUAGCGUUGUAGCUCCUCCUUCAUCUUCAUCUACAACUCCUAGUAACUACCCCCACGACCAGCAAGGCCAGAAGAAAGUAGUCUACAAAACCCGCACCUUCGAAAACGUAGCUCCGCGUUGGAAUUCGAAGCAGAAGUCCUACGUUUUGCCAUUUUUUGGUCGCGUCAAGACAUCGUCGGCUAAGAAUUUCCAGUUAGUGGAUCCCGCGGAGCCUGAUGAGGUGCUAUUGCUGUUCGGGAAAAUCAAAACCGAACUAUUUGCUUUGGACUAUCGCCAUCCGCUGUCCAUGCUGGAUGCGUUCGGUAUCGCGAUUUCGUCGUUGGCGAAGAAGAGGGCUGUGAGUUGA